CUGUAUUUGUUAGGUGUUCGCGCGGCAAAAGAGCGUCUUCAUUUUUUGAACCGUCUAAGGAAUUUAACUCGCACCACAUUAACAAAUAGCAGCGGCCGUACUCCGGGUAACUGGUUGAGAGCAGGUUUUUUAACAAUCAACUAGUGUUAUAUUUUGAUCACAAUCUAUUAAAUAAUGAGCGGAAACACUAGCUCAUACGACGACUCAGGGUCUGAGGAUCUUGCAGAAAAUCCCCAAGGAACAAUGACCGCCUCUACAUCUACUUCAAGUAAUCUGGAAGACCUAUCGCCAACUAUAUCAAUUUUUGUCGUGAGUUUUGAGUGUUCCGUUUGCCUUAAAAAGAUAAUGGAGGUACGCUCAAAACCAUGUCAGCACAAAUCCUGUCUAGACUGUGUCCCAAUUCAGUGUUCUGUGAACUGUAGAAAAUCACUUAUUGACACAAUAGACAGACCGGAAUUGUAUGACAGAGUAAUGGAUGGUUACGAAUUGACUUGUUCUGAUUUAGCAAAGGUGGUACCAAAGAAGAAGAGGCAAUAUCCUGAACAGGAUUAAAUUUUAUUAAAAUAAACAAAAACGGAGAAGAAAAGACUGUCAAAGAUGGAAUCAGUUAUUUUCUUCAAAAGAAACUACUACACAUCGACAUAAAAUGAUGACUUUAAGUACAAAAUAAUUUUAAUUAUAUUAGGUACCUACACAUUAUAUUAUACUAUUAUAUACUAUACAAAUGAUAUUUUCAUCCUUUAUACAUGCGCAGGUAAUAAUAUAAAAUAUAGUUUGUAUUGUAUAUUAC